AUGGGAUCCAUUACGCACUCACUUCAAUGUCUUUCUCUUUUGUUUCUACUUACCUCAGUCUGUUCCUCUACUUUCAACAUUCCAAGGUUAGGAACUCUGCGAAGAAUCAAAGAACGCAAACCACAAACCAUGUCUUCCUCUGACCAACUGCCUGAAGACCUCCAAACAUUCUAUUACACCCAAAGACUUGAUCAUUUCAAUUACGGGCCUGACAGCUACCCUACUUUCCAACACAGAUAUGUGAUGGACUUUAAGUACUGGGGUGGAGCUAAAUCAAGUUCACCAAUUUUUGCAUUCCUUGGUGCUGAAUCACCGUUGGAUGAAGAUAUAUACUAUGUUGGAUUUCUUAGGAAUAAAGCUCCCCAAUUCAAUGCACUUAUUGUCUAUAUUGAGCAUAGAUACUAUGGGAAAUCAAUACCAUUUGGUUCAUGGGAAGAAGCUAUGAUAAAUGCUAGUACUCGCGACUACUUCAACUCAACCCAAGCACUAGCAGACUAUGCUGCUGUGCUUUUACACAUCAAGAAAAGUUUGUCUGCUCAGAAUUCUCCCAUAAUCGUUAUUGGAGGCUCUUAUGGCGGAAGUGGUGUAAGCAAAUUGUACAAAGCUUCUAAGCUCAAAGACAUCUUAGAGUUAGUAUAUACUUCCGCAGCUCAGUAUAAGGCGCCUACUGAUUUCCAAGUGAAUACCAUCUGUGAAGUUAUUGAUGCAGCAGCAGCUAAGAAAACAUACAUUCUUGACCGAAUAUUUCAAGGUGUUGUUGGUGUCUUGAGAAACCAGUCAUGCUAUUACAUGGAUGAAUACAAUCAUCAAACCCAAACUAACCUGAACUGGAGAUGGCAUACAUUUAGCAAAAUUGUUAUGCCAAUUGGUCAUGAUAAGAGCGGCUCAAUGUUCCCACCAGCACCUAUCAAUAUGAAGAGAUUUGUAAAUGAGUGUAGGAGCUUAUAUAAUGUCCUUCCACGACCACAUUGGAUUACCACAUAUUAUGGAGGGCAGGAUUUGAAACUGAUUCUCUGUAGGUUUGGUAGCAAUAUCAUCUUCUCCAAUGGAUUAAAAGAUCCUCGGGCGGGUAUAGGGGUGUUGGAGAGUAUAUCAAACAUUGUCAUUUCUGUUUCCACCGUAAAUGCUAGGUCUCAUUGCUUGGACAUACUAUCAGAAGAAUCAAGUAUUCUUGAAUGGUUGGUGAUGCAGAGAAAUGUUGAGGUCAAGAUAAUCAAAGGUUGGAUCACCGAGUACCAAGUUGUUCAAUUAGCAGUGAUCAAUAAACAAAUCCAAGCACUGAAACCAGAGACUUAA